GAGGAAAACAUUUGGGAGGGAAGAGGAGGGUACUAUGAGAAAGAGGAAGGAAGGGCUCUAUUUAAUGCAAGAGAGUGAGGCUGUGGUCUGUCAGAGCGUGUGGGGACACUCUCGGAGGCCUAACUGUGCAGUGACCAGAGCCGCUUGUUCAGCUGUGUGCGUUUGUGUGUGAGUGUGUUGGACCAUGCCGGGAUCAGAGAAGAGCUUGAUGGUGCGACGCUACCUCACCUUUGCUACGGGUCUGGUGGAGUGUCUGUGUUUUGCCGGGGCCGUGUUUGGAUGGGCUUCCCUUGUUUUUGUCCUGAAGAAAGAGGGCUACUUCAGCUCCCUGUGUGUCAACACCACCACAGUCAACUCAACCCACACUCUAGACUGCAGUGGACAAGAUGAACAGUUCUCACUCAUUUUCACCAUCGCCUCCUUUAUGAAUAACUUCCUGACGCUGCCCAACGGUUUCCUCUUCGACCGCUUCGGCACUACUGUGUCUCGGCUCUUCGGAAUAUGUCUCUACACCAUCGGUACCUUGAUGGUGGCCUUCUCAACUACAGCUCUGCCCAACCUGCUGUUCCCAGCUCUCUCAUUCCUGGCUGUGGGCGGCAUCUUGUUCCUGAUCACCAACAUGCAGGUGGGAAACCUGUUCGGCUCACAUCGCUCCACGAUCAUCACUCUUUAUAACGGGGCCUUUGAUUCUUCCUCAGCACUCUUCCUUGUCAUCAAGUUGUUACACGAGUCAGGCAUCUCUCUCCGUGCCUCUUUCCUCUUCCUCUCCGCUUGCAGCGUCAUUCACCUUUUCAGGACUUUCUUCUUGCUGCCCAAAAACUUCAUUCCCUACCCGGUGCCUGAUCAUUACACAUACGGGAUAACCUGUGGAAAAACCGAGAGUCUGAACUUAGAGGUGGCAGCAAAUGGAAGUGUACAGAAGGCGACCGAGGAAACGCCACUCAACAAGGCCGUCCCGGCAAAGCAAGAGAGGAGCUUCCGUGAGUGUUUGACGUCCAGGUUCUUCAUGUGGCACCUGGUCUGGUUGUCGGUGAUGCAGCUCAGACAUUACCUGUUCAUCGGCACCCUCAACCCCAUGCUGCAGAGGCUGACAGCCGGAGAGUCCACGCUGGUGAGCCAGUACACCAACGCCUUUGCCAUCACCCAGCUGUGUGGCGUGCUGUGUGCUCCGUGGAACGGCCUCAUCAUGGACAGAUUCAAGAAGAAACCUCGUGCUGCAGGAGAGACCGAGCAGGAGACAGACUUGCGGGCCUCCAUCCUUUCCCUCUUCCUGACAGCGCUGCAGUGUGUGCUGUUUUCCGUUUGUGCCUCCACCCCGUUCCUGCCGCUUCAGUACCUCACCUUCAUCCUGCAGGUCCUCAACCGCUCCUUCCUCUACGGCGGCAAUGCAGCCUUCCUCAGUGUGGCUUUCCCGUCAUGCCACUUUGGGAAGCUGUACGGCCUGGUCAUGGCUCUGUCUGCCGUGUUUUCCCUGCUGCAGUAUCCCUGCUUCGCUCUGGUGAAAGGAGCUCUGAACGGAGAUCCUUUAUACAUGAACAUCGGCCUGACGCUGCUCAGCCUGCUGGCCUUCAUCCAUCCCCUCUCUGUGUACCUGCACUGUCGAAAGGCCUCCUCCCAGCGAACCCAGAGCAAACCCGACAGUGUCUCCUCUUAAAGGUUGUAAAAUCACAGCAAUGUCUAGCGCUUAAAUCAACUCUUCAGUUUUGUUUUUAGCGCUCACAUGGCUGAGCAGAGAUUUGAACAAAAGAGACCUUGAGUAUUGUUUUUCUCCAGGCUCUGUUGGAAAGAAAACAAUAGAUACUACACACAAGUGCCAAAUGAAAAGAUUCACAGAAAAAAAAAGGAGUUCAUAAAUAAUUGGACGGUUUUGUAUGUUCCCUGCUCUCCCCGGUCUUCACUGCAGCAGCUCAACUUUUGCUUGGGGGGGGUCUCUGCUGGUUCUUCAGGUUUUCAACAGGAAUGUUGCUUCUCAACCUGACAAGCUUAUCUGCUUGUACAUUUGGUCGGUUGAACCUGUGUGCAGAGAUGUUUUUUUUUUUUGUUCUUUCCCACGCACAAGAUUUUUCGAAGACUUCUCCUCAGGUCUUCCAGGCCAUUUUCUCUCUCUCUCUCUUUCUUUUCUUUUUUACUUUUCUUUGCACACAUUUUUUUUAGCGUAAAAACCUUACAUGGUCAGUCUUUACUCUUUGUGUUGACAGAUAACUCCUUCUUAGUCUAAAUAGCAAAUAUAGCUCCGAGCUCCAAGAACCAACACGUAGUGGUGUCGAAUUACUUUUGAAUACUUGCAGUUGUAAUUCUGUGCAUUACAAACACUGAAUUCUCACACAGUUCUUUCAUUUUUGAUGUUAUGUAUCAAAACCUCAUAUGUAGUCGAGGAAAGCCUUGAUUAAGGAACUUUAUUGUAGUAUCUGUUUUUUAUUGAACUAAUGAAGGAAAGGUCCCUACGGACCGAAAUAUUUGUUGUUGUUUAUUGUCAAAAUGAGUUCUAACAGAUGCAUUUAAGGUUGUAGCAUAGCAUUAUAGUAUGUGAGCGUGCUCACUGCUAAACUGAAUGCAUCUUUAAUAUUUACAGGCAUUCUGGUGUGUCUAACCUUUUACCUCCUUUGACUUUUCCCAGACAUAAUUUUUAUCCAAUCACCAUUUUUGUUUACAUUCAACAAUCAGCUGAAGAUAUUUUUUAGAUAUUUUUUUUAUUUAUUUCAGUUUUAAAGUUCAGCCAAUUCUUGGCUGUUCUCUGUAGCAUCUAACACAUGGUGCUGAUGUGCUUUUUGAAAACCCACCUUAUUGCCUAGCCUAUAUUUCUGUAACUGUGCCAAGACUUGUGCCUUUAUUAUGCUUAUUAUUUGAAAUAUCUAUUGAAAUUUUUAUGUCGUUUGUAAUACUAGCUUCCCGUUAUUAUGGAUGGAGGGUACUAAAGGACACAUAUAAUUGUAAAAAACGUAUAUAUAUAUAUAUUUUUUACAAUUAUAGCCUCAAAAGUGAGUAAUGAACCAACACUGUUAAGUACAGUGGCAACUUAAGGGAUGUUCGUAAUCAGUCUAUGAUCUAUAAAAGUGUGAAGUCUCUUUGUUAGGAUAAAGAUCCUGACAGCAGCUCAGUUCAGGUCACGUCUCCGCCAUCUGCUGGCUUCACGGUGGACCUGUCAGACACUACGACUGAAACCAACAGUGAAACAGUGCAGCUUUGUUUGGGUCCAAAGUCUCAGGUGUGAAACGGGACUUUGAGCCAUGAAGGAUUUUGUUCCUGAAAAUGUACGGCAUAUUGUAGCUGAUGCUGGUGGAUUGUAAAGGAUUAUAAAGGGAAACACAGUAUUUCUGUUUCAGGCUGACAGUUUUAUUCUUAAGUGCCAAAACAUACAUGAUUGUAAUGCUUUUAAAAUGUAAUUAUAAAUAUACAAACUGCAGAGACAGUGAAAUGUGUAUUUUCUAUACUAACUUUAGUAAUGUGAUGAAGGGAUUCAUGUUCUGGAAAUGUACAUUAGUCUCCCCAAACAAUGCUGUUUCCUUUCAUGUGAGACAGUUGCAUACUGUCCUGUAUGUGUUGCAUGUACAGUUGGAAUAAAAAGUGCAACCUAUCAAGCAGAAGAACUAUAAAUUAAACAGGUCUUGUGAAUGGAGGCGCUGUACAUGCAAACAGCCGACAGUAUUGGAAUAAACACUGAAGUGUUAAUUAAAGGGUGAUUCCACAAA